CUCGCGGCGCCUCACUCUCAAGUCAUGCUGGCGUCGAGUGCGUGGGGUCUCGCGGCCCGUCAGGUCAGGUCACCCCUGUGGGUCGUCGCGGCCCAGACCAGGGCCCGCAGCUCGGUCACGAUCGCCAUCGACGAAUUGCACCGCGAAUCGGCGCCGACCUCCCAAGAGGCGCGACCCUUCACCGAGGUCCCUGGACCCAAGGGGAUGCCCCUCAUCGGAAACUCGUGGCGCUUCCUGCCCGUUGUAGGUCAUUAUGACAUUCAGAAGCUGGACAAGAUCAUGUGGCAGUUGUACCGCGACUUUGGAAAAGUUGUCCGUCUUGGCGGACUUUUGGGUCAUCCAGACUUGCUUUUCGUCUUCGACGCUUCUCUGGUUGAGCAGGUUUUCCGAAGGGAAGAACACAUGCCGCACCGCCCGUCCAUGCCGUCCCUGCACCACUACAAGAACGUCCUGCGAAAGGACUUCUUCGGAGACACCCCUGGCGUCAUUGGAGUGCACGGCCAAAAGUGGCACGACUUCAGGGCACAGGUGCAGCAAGUGGUUCUGCAACCCGCAGUGGCCAGGCAGUACAUCACACCCCUCAACCAAAUUGCAGACGACUUUAUGGACAGAAUCGAUCUUCUGAAAGAUUCCAACGACGAACUGCCGGGAGGCUUUUUGGGCGAGCUUUACAAAUGGGCCCUUGAGUCGAUCGGGCGGGUCGCUCUGGAUUCGAGACUCGGAUGCCUCGGAGCGGACAUCAGACCCGAGUCAGAGCAGCAGCGAAUCAUCGAGGCCAUGAAGAGUUUCUUCGAAAACGUGUCCGUCGUCGAACUGAGAAACCCCUUCUGGAAACUGGUCGCCACCCCCUCAUGGAAAAAGUACAUCAACGCCCUAGACACAUUCAGAGAAUUGUGCAUGGAGAGGAUAAACGAUGCAGUCGCUCGUCUUGACGGAAAAGGGGAAACUGACGGUUCUUCCCUCUUGGAAAGAGUUUUGGACAGAACUGGUGACCCGAAAAUCGCUGCAACUAUGGCUCUCGACCUUUUACUGGUUGGAAUAGACACGACUUCGGUAACAAUGGCGUCCACUUUGAAUAUGCUGGCGAGAAAUCAAGAAAAACAAGAGAAACUUUUCCAAGAACUGAAACAGGCCCUUCCAGAUCCUGAUCAGCCAACGACGGAAAAUAUUCUUGGACAGAUGCCCUUUUUGAAAGCUUGCGUCAAAGAAACUUUGAGAAUGUACCCAGUGAUUAUUGGAAACGGGCGCAGUCUGACUUCUGACGCCAUCAUUGGAGGUUUUCAAGUGCCCAAGGGAACCCACGUAAUUUUCCCCCAUUACGUUCUGAGCAACAUUCCCGAGUACUUCCCGAGACCGUCCGAGUUUCUGCCUGAAAGAUGGAUGAAAAAUUCCCCAGCGGCUGAAGGGUGUCCCGUCCACCAGCAAAAAAUCCAUCCCUUCGCCUCGUUGCCAUUCAGUUUUGGUCGCAGAACUUGUUUAGGAAAGCGAUUCGCCUACCUCGAGCUCCACAUUUUACUUUCAAAGAUUUUCCGCAAGUACAAAGUUGAAUACCACUACGGUGACAUCAACUACACCAUUCAUCCCACAUACAUACCAGAGUCUCCGCUCAAAUUCAAACUCAUCGAAAGAGAAGAAUGAUCAAACUAAGUGCCUUGAUUUCAUAAUUCAGGAGCAAUUUUCCAUUCCUAUUGUGAUAUAUUUUGUAAAUUAUUAUGAUGUCGAAUCAGUAUUAUUCAGAUAAUUAAAUAAUUAUACAUUGCAUAUCAUGCAUUAUAGUUUUAAAUGAUAAAUUUAAAUUUAUUUACGUAAGCAUUUUUUUUGCCAGCUAUAUUUGAUGAUUUUGUUGUAAUUCCAUAUUAUGUAUUAAAUAUUUCAAUGCAUAAGAUUUCUAUAAUAUGAGUUUCAUCAUAUUUAGAUUUU